AAUUUAUUAAGAAUGGUUGAAGAAUUAAACAGUUCUGAGCUCGGCACGAAAGAAUAUUGGGACAAAAGUUACGAUGUCGAAAUAAAUAAUUACAAAAGUCAUGGAGAUGUCGGCGAAAUUUGGUUUGAUGAAGAUUCGCAACUGAGAAUCAUUAAAUGGAUUCUAAAAAACGAUAAAAUCCAAAAAUCAGACAAAAUUUUGGAUUUGGGAUGCGGUAAUGGGAUGAUGUUGGUUGAACUUGCACGAGAAGGCUUUACAUCCCUCAUUGGCGUCGAUUAUUCCGACUUGGCAGUCAAACUUGCCUCUGAAAUAGCAAAAGAUCAGGAUUUAAGUGAAUUUAUCACGUACAAACAAGCAGAUUUGCUGUCGGAAAAGGAAGUUAUGGAUCUCGGGAACUUUCGGAUAUUGCAUGAUAAAGGCACUUAUGACGCCAUUAGUCUCAAUCCGAGCGAGCCGAAGGAAAAAAGAAAUGCUUAUCUGAGAAAUUUAACAAAAAUUAUGGAUGAGGAGAGUUUGUUCAUCAUCACUUCUUGUAAUUGGACUCAAGCAGAGUUGGUUGAAAGUUUUAAGGAAUAUUUUGUGUUGCAAACGGUGAUUCCGACUCCGGUAUUUAAAUUUGGAGGAACUGUGGGGAAUGUCGUUACUUCGCUGGUUUUUACAAAGAAAAUGAGUUGAAAUUUGUUAAAUUUUUAAAUAAAAUACUAAAAUUUUUAAAGUAAAAAAAGC